AUGUUACCGGUACCGAACGGUGGUUCCGGCUCAUCUGGAUCUCGACGCUCUAGCUCUAUUUCAACUUUAGGUCAAACUGGUCUGUCUACUAUCAUACCACUUUAUUCCCGCGCGCCGAUUAGGAAAAAGCGUCCAGCAUGGAAAAUUGUCUCAAACCCGUGGCCUCCAAGUUCGAUCUAUCGUCGGAUAGUAUUUAUCGCUCUUACCUCUUCCGUUGUGGGCGGUUUGAUUUUCCUCUGCGCUACACUCCACGCACGUUGGGAAUCAGUUCAAUUUGUUUAUGGAAACUUCUUUCAUUUUCAAUCCCAGUUCAAUUUGCCACAAAAUCGUACUGCAAGCACAACGGACUAUAGAAAUUUUUCGGUCGAUUUUGUAGUAUUUCAAAAUGGACAAUUGGCAACGGCAAAAGAUGUGGCAAUUUUGGAGCAGCGUCCGAUUCGUGAACCGUACACGAUCGAAAAUAUUUGGGGCAUCUUUGUUCGUUUGACCGAGCAUCCCAUACCUGAUCAGGAUGGGACUAGGCACAGACAGAUUCGAGCCGUUCUGUCUCCACCGCUUGGCAAACCAAGACGACUGUCUGCGCUGCAACAUUUGGACGAUGGUGAUAUGCUGCUCAAACAUGAUCGGCUGCACGAGGAUGAUGUCGCCUGGGUCGUGAUGGAUUUUCACGCAGGUAUUUGGAGUAUGUGUUAUGAGGGAGCAGAUAUCUACGAUGCGCAUUUUCUUCCACACUACUACCGAAUGGGAAAAGGAGCUCCGAUUCCACCCUCAUGUUUGUCCUAUUUGGCCAACAAUAUCUCGGAUACGAAAAUUCUGUGUAGUCAGUUCUUCUUGAUCUACCUAUGCAUGGCCUCGUCCGUGCUGAUUGGCAUAUUCGCAACGGUCUUCCGUAACGUUCCAGCUUCCAUGGUCACCGGUGUACUGCAAGUGACAUCAGGCGGUCAAAUUGUUAUACCUCUACCUCGAAGCGUUUGGGUUCAGUCAAGGUGUGUUCGUUGUAUUCGCCAACUGCAUUCAUCAUACCAAAAUAAACCGGUUGGAAUACGAGUGGGGUCCAUGCCACCCGAUAUCAAAAAUCCCGGACGAGAUGAAAAACAGAUUGAUCCAGUUUUGUCAACCUCAUGUCAACACCAUGUGACUCAGCGCUGA